UUCUUUUCAUAAUUCUUUGUAUUAUAUUUCCUUCUUCAGCGUGUAGAAAGAGUUGCAGAGAUUUCUGAGUGUUCUGACACAGAGACCAAACUCUCACACAGAUCUCAUAAUCACACACAUCGAUGUUCAGCUCUCGGAUGAUCAUGAAACACGUGCAGACUCGGAUCUCGAUCAAUCCAGUUCCAUUGUCUCGGUGAGCCAAGAACAAGAAGACAAGAAAAUCAAGAAACAAGAACAAGAAAACAAACGACGAUUCUUUCCGAUGGCCGAUUAUUUCCAUGGAAACCUGCCGGAGAUCUCCGCCGCCGCAACCGACGGUGGUUUACAGACACUGAUCCUCAUGAACCCGACAACGUAUAUUCAAUUCUCCGACAACCAUCAACAAGGCAACAACAGUUUCGCCUUUCUGAAUCCCCAUGGGCCGCGGCCGACCGCCACGCAACAACCCCCCCGCCGUAUCAGCGGCGGCGGCCGAGCAGAACGGGUUCAUCCCGCGAGUGCACUACAACCUCUACAAUAACAACAGCGAUCAUCAGUUGGAGUCCACCGCGUGUGAAACACCACGCGCCUCCUCCCAACAAGGCCUCUCGCUCACCCUCUCUUCCCAACAACAACAACGACAAUCUCAUCCGCAAAAUCUCGGCUUUGGGUUAGGGUCUGAAGAAAAGAUCCGGGUCGGGUCGGGCGUAACAAACGGCGUCGUCUCGGAUCUUCUUAGUUCGAAGUACUUAAAAGCCGUACAAGAGCUUCUUGACGAAGUAGUCAACGUUAAUAACUUUAUGAAUAUAAGCCUUUUUUGCGGCGGAGAUAAGUUGUCCGGCGGAUCCUCCGCCGGUACCGGAGAAGGAUCCGCCGCCGAAAAGAGCGACGUCGAGGUUGGCACGGUGGAGAGGCAGGAGAUUCAGAUGAAGAAAGCGAAGCUCAUUAGCAUGCUUCAUGAGGUGGACCAAAGAUACAGGCAGUACCAUCACCAGAUGCAGAUAGUGAUCUCAUCAUUCGAGCAAGCGGCCGGCACAGGCUCGGCCAAGUCAUACACUUCGUUGGCCCUCAAAACGAUAUCAAGACAGUUCCGUUGUCUGAAAGAGGCGAUCACGGGACAAAUCAAGGCGGCGAACAAGUGUCUUGGCGAGGAAGAAAGUGUGUUCGAAGGGUCGAGGUUGAAGUUUGUGGAUCACCACUUCAGACAACAGAGGACACUUCAGCAGCUGGGAGUGAUCCAACAUUCUAACAACAAUGCUUGGAGACCCCAGAGAGGAUUGCCCGAACGGGCUGUCUCGGUUCUUCGCGCUUGGCUCUUCGAGCACUUUCUUCAUCCGUACCCCAAGGAUUCAGACAAGCACAUGUUGGCGAAGCAGACGGGAUUAACUCGAAGCCAGGUAUCAAACUGGUUUAUAAAUGCCAGAGUUAGGCUAUGGAAACCGAUGGUGGAAGAGAUGUACAUGGAGGAGAUGAAGAAACAUGAAAAGAACAACGAAUCAACGGACAAGACAGUGGACGAAAACAAUGAAGACCUCGCCUGCAAGUCCACUAGCAAUCAAAACAAGAGCCCUGCCGCUUCGGAGAACUACCGACUAAACAACGACUUGCCUAACCGCAAUAUGGACCUGGAAGGAGUCAUAGGAGAACAAGGAAGCCCGAAAAGGCGUAGAACGAAUGACGAAAUGCUGAUACAGCCGAUAAAUACAGACUUUCUCUCCAACGAAAAGCUCACGGUGAACCAUAUUCUCGAAGAGGGGCGAGGCCUAAGAGACGGGUACUCGUUCUUGAGUAAUAGUUUCGGGCAGUACCAAAUGGAUGAGCUGCCAAGAUUUGAAGUCUCGGAUCAUAUGAUCGAGGCACAGAGGGCAUUUUCGGGCAACAAUGGAGUCUCACUCACUCUUGGGCUGCCUCGUUGCGAGACCUUAUCAUCAACCCAUCAUCAUCACCAAAAUUUCAUGCCUAAUCACACCAUUCAGCUUGGAAGAAGUGUGAAAAUCGACGGCGUACCGGACGAGUUUGGCGCCAUGAAUGCAUCAGCAUCAUCAGCACCGCAUUCGUCUUCAGGAGCUUACAAUGGAUUCAACAUCGAGAAUCAGAAGAGAUUCGUCGGACACUUAGUGUCCUGAAGAGGAUCAAUGAAACGAGAGGUGGAGGAAAGCCGAAACGGUGGUAUGAUUAGUAUAGGUUUUUACAAGUGUUUAUACUAUACACGAAACGCUCAUUUGAACGUAAGAACGUGUAAUUUAGGGUUUGGUUAUAUAUGUUCGAGGCUUGUAUAUUGAUUUUGUAAGCUUUUUAUUUGGAGGAUGGAUAGGAAUAAUACAUUAUAUAUUAUAUGGGUUAGUGGUGUAAUUUUCAUAGAGCUUGUUUUUGGUUGUAUCGUAUACCGAAAUAGUAUUUUGUUGGUAAUAAAUAGUAGAGUACAUUUUGAUA